AUGAUAAUAAGUGGGAUAUUUUUCAGCCCAGCAUCACCGGAGUUGCUGUUAAUUGCACUCGUCGUGGCAUCUUUGGUGUUGCUCAGCAGUGAUGCACAAAACCACAGCAAUUACAGUAUCGAUUUCUUGCAUGGGUCCGAUGUGGCUAUCCGAAGAGUUAAACGAAGAACUCAACAACCACAACAAGGAUUCUUCUUCCCCAUUGCCAUGUACACAGUCCGACACCAUAGGCCAGCCACUGAAAGAGGAAGAAAUGUUCGUCCAGAAACGUGGGAAUAUCGUGGCCAGUAUUUCUACGGUUAUCGGCCCCGAGCCAAUGCGGGUCGACGCCAAACAGCGCGACUAUUAGCUGCAGGUUUACCGCUUCUUCUAGCACCUCUCCUUAGCAUCAUAUUUUCAUUUCCAGUAGUCAUUCCAAUUGCUCAGAUGACGGGCCUGAAUGGAGGAUUUUUCGGAGGAACAAACUACGCACAUGGAACUACUCAGUGGGGUCGAAGAAGAAGAAAACGUGGGGCUGGUGGCCCCAGGAUGAGAAACCCCAAUCAUCGAAUGCCACCACCUCCAGAAAAGGCAGCGAAGUUGAAGGAGUUGGAAGUUGUAGCAAAUUACCUUCAGCAGGUAGAUUACGAUGAAAAACAACAAUCUCGAGUGAUGGUCAACUACCUACAAUGUAACGGCCUGUUGGGCACAGAUGAUCAUUGCUUGGAAAGACUGUCCUGCGAAUUCGGUGAUCCAGCCAAUGAAAACGCACCGGAAUUGGAACGGACGGUUACUUCCAUACUUCUUGGACACAUCUUGAAUAACGAAUUCAUUCCUCGGCCAUUUAUUAGACGAAUUAAAUCGGCUGCAGUUCAUGGAAGAAACAAUUCCGGAACCUGCAACAAAUAUUUUUGUCAUUACGUCGACAAUAACUGGGACUUCACUUCCACAUAUCCCAAAGGACCAAUUCCGAAACCCCCACAUAUACCACCGCCUCAACGUCCGGGGUGA